AUGGAGGGCGUAUUCAACUCCAGAGACCUGUACGACUAUCUCCAACACCAUCUCAGCACGAACACGACCGUAACCCACAAGCUGAGCAUGUACUUCAAAGCCACACAGAAACCAUUUGAUCCCGAUCACUACAUGCUGCAAAUAUGGCUGGACUAUAUCCAACUGCUUAUCGAGACAGAAGAUGAUAUUAACGAUAUAAAGUCUACGUUGUACAUUCUUAGGAAGGGGUACUACCGGUUCAAGGAGUAUUGGACGGUGUACUUGAGUUUUGAGGAGAGAUUUUUUGGCGUGGAUAAGAGAAUGAAGUUUGUGACGGAGAGUGUGCGAUUUUUGGAGAGCAAGAGAGAAUUUGAGGGUAAGAAGGAGAUUAUUGGGUUUUUAAUGGCAGCGCAGGGACAUAACAGGACCGGAGAUAGGUGUUCUGGCCUAGCAAACAGCGAUGGUAGCGAGCUGCUGUCAGGUGACCUGAAAGGUACAGGAUGGAAUGUUCCGAUUGUUAACGAAAUAAACGAUGGCAUGAGCGCAAGCACAAAAGGCAAUUUAUGUUUUACCAACAAAGUAUCGUUGGAUACCGCAAUUUAUCACACGCCCUCAUCGCUAAACGAGAACAAAAUAAACUGCCCGAUAGAAAAGGAAGAUUAUACAGAAUCGAUAACAGAGUCGUUGGAUAAAAUGAUGAACAGAAGGUUAAAAAGAUGCGGAUUCGAUGGCACUUCCAUUGGUGACUCCAAGCUUGGAAUAGAGCCGAGCAGCAGAAAUUAUGAUGUGGUGCGCAGUAUUCGUAGUGUUAGGCGAAGCAUCGAAAGAGACUUUGGGACCACGAGCAGAAACAUGGAUAGAGUGAUGUUGAAUGGCAAGGAGCUGCAAGUACUUAGUGUAAUUGGCAAGGGCGGCAGCUCGAAGGUGUAUAAAGUGUCGUACAGCGACAAUUUCUUUGCACUCAAAGUCAUAAAAAACGUGACAGAUCGCAAAAUCCUGCAAAGUUACGAAAACGAAAUAAACCUGAUGAUCAAAUUGAAAGGUACCGCUGAAACGAUAGAACUGUGCGAUUAUGCAAUCAAUCAAGACGAGGAAGGUUACACAAUUCUUCUGCUGAUGGAGUAUGGUGAGAGCGACCUGACACAUCUUUUGAAGAACAAAGAGCUCAAAACGAAGAUAUUUUCGAUAUUUUUUGGCAAAUGCUGAUGAACAUGGAUGCGAUAUACGACCAGCGAAUCAUACAUGCGGAUCUUAAACCUGCCAAUUUCGUGAUCUGUGGAAAUAAACUGAAACUCAUAGACUUUGGAAUAAGCAAAGAAAUCCGCACGGACACGACCAACGUGAUACAGGAAAGUAAAGUGGGCACAAUAAACUACAUGAGUCCAGAAAGUUUGUAUGGCAACAAGACAAGCAGAAGAAGUGAUAUCUGGUCACUCGGUGUAAUUCUAUACGAGAUGAUAUACAAAAAGAACUUCAUGGAUGGGAUGAAUUGUUGGCAGAAGAUUGACUUCCUAAAAGGGCCGGAUCCGGUUCAUUUCCCAGAUGAGAAAAUGGUGAACAACACAUUUGACGAGCUGCAAAAGAUUUGUGCCAUGUGUUUGAUUAAAGACCCGGAUCGUAGACCAACCGUUAAGGAUCUAAUUGAUCUUGUGAAGGAGCACAAGGCUAUGAUUAGGGUUAAAAGGUCGGACAUUAAGACACUGGUACGAAAAGCAGCAGAAAUAACCAAGCAGAACGGGUAUGACAUGCAUUUACUGAUAGAUCGGAUGGUUGAUGAGUUUAUAGAAGAAAUGAGAAGGCGGUACCAGUAA